GACAGUGACAGCUCGAGCUGCCGAUCACCUGCACUGUAAGUGAUUUGAGAUACAGAGAAAGGAUGGCACCAAAGAGAAGUGCUGCCUCUUCCACCAAAGUCACUGAAGCGGGUGGAAAUAAGGUGAAGCAAGAGCCUGACACAUCAAAGGAUGCCUUUUCCUUUGCCAUAGAGGCUCUGAAUGUUGCAGGGCCACACCUUAAGGGCAAAAGUAAGGCUGAUGAGCAAUGCUUGCUGUCAGAACAGCAUUCAGGAGAGGUAUAUGAAGAUUAUGACUGUAUGCUGAAUCAGACCAACAUUGAAAAUAACAGCAAUAAGUUUUAUGUCAUUCAAGUGUUGAAUACAGGUGCCUGUUACUACUGCUGGACCAAAUGGGGGAGAGUGGGGGAAAUAGGCCAGUCAAAACUAUCAGACCCCUAUGUCAGCCCAGACAAAGCCAUCAAAGACUUUGAGAAGAAGUUCACAGACAAGACGAAGAACAGCUGGAAGGAGCGGGACAACUUUGUGUCUCGCCCGGGGAAGUACACACUGAUAAAGGUGGAUGGAGGCCAGGAUGCAGAGGUCAAGGUGGACAAUGUUGAUGGGAAGAUUGUCAAGGGGCCCCAAAACAUUCUGCCUUGCACCCUGAAUAACCCCACACAGAAGCUCAUCCAUCUCAUUUUUAGCAACGACAUGUUCAAAAAGGCCAUGGAGUGCAUGGACCUGGACAUAAAGAAGAUACCCUUGGGGAAACUGAGCAAGCUGCAGAUCACCAAGGGCUUUAAAGUGCUGGAGGAGAUUGAGGGAGCUAUGAACGCCAGCCAGACCAGCAGGGCCAAACUGGAGGAGCUCUCCUCCAAGUUCUUCACCAUCAUCCCACACAUCUUUGGACGCAAAAGGCCCCCGGUCAUCGACAGCUCUGAGAUCAUAGAGAAGAAGAAGGAGAUGCUUCUGGUGCUGGCUGAUAUAGAGAUAGCCCAAGACCUGAAGGCUGAGACUGAGAAGACACAGGAGCUGAUGGAGGUAGAGAAAGUACCUCAUUCACUGGACCAGAACUAUCUGUCUCUCAACUGCAAACUCUGUCUACUAGAAAGAGAAACACAGGAAUUCAAGGUAAUUGAGAAAUACCUGAAGGCCACUGCACAUAGCCACAGCCAGCCAAAGAUUAUAGAUGUCUGGGAGGUAGAGAGUGAGACUGAGGCGGAGCGGUUCAGGGAGAAUGACAACCUGGAGAACCGGCGUCUGCUGUGGCACGGCACCAACUUGGCAAUGGUUGCGGUCAUCUUGAACGGUGGCCUAUAUAGUCACUUCAUGCCCCAGUCAGGGGGCUGCGCAGGCAGGGGCAUCUACUUUGCCUCGGAGAUCAGCAACUCUGCUAAUUACGUGCAUACAUCUGAAGGCAUCGGGAUGAUGUUUCUGAAUGAGGUGGUGCUAGGGAAGGAGCACACCAUCACGAAGGAUGACAGCUCCCUGAUGAAGGCUCCUGAUGGCUACGACAGCGUGGUGGCUCGAGGAAAGGUGGAACCAGACCCGUCCAAGGACAUCUUCCUGACACUGGAUGGUAAGCAGGUGGCUGUGCCUCAGGGUAAACCCACCAAGCAGCCCCAGUACAAGGACAGCUACUUCUGCAACAGCGAGUACCUGGUCUACAAGGGAAACCAGUGUCGCAUCCGCUACCUGCUGGAGCUCAAGUUUUAACUGGAGAGAAGGAGAGAGGGAGGAGGCACCUAUGCAUUCUAGGAGAUGGUAUUAUUCAAGUAAUUAAGGUUUUUGUUAUUAAUAGACACCUCUGUCACUGUGUGCAUUAUCCAACCAAAGUUCCCUAUAAUAUCAUAUAUAUACUCUGUGCCUUAUCCUUUAUAGUAUCCUAACAGUCUAUUGCAGUGGUUCCCAAACUUUUUAUUGUCCAGUACCCCUUCAAACAUUUAACCUCCAGCUGCGUACCAGGGUAGCACCAGGGUCAGCGCACUCUCAAAUGUUGUUUUUUGCCAUCAUUGUAAGCCUGCUACACACACGCUAUACGAUACAUUUAUUAAACAUAAGAUUGAGUGUGUUUUUGUCACAGCCCGGCUCGUGGGAAGUGACAAAGAGCUCUUAUAGGACCAGGGCACAAAUAAUAAUAUAAUUACAAUAAUCAAUCAUUCAGCUUUUUAUUUAGCCAUCUUACUGUACAUAUAAAACUUUAUUUGUUCAUCAAAUUGUGAAUAACUCACCACAGGUUAAUGAGAAGGGUGUGCUUGAA